UUGUGGGAAUGAGAGAGUGAGGGAGAGCAGAACAGGUUGGAACAGCAUACUGAACGCUAGACGGUCAGACGCUUUCCUGGAGGAGUAACGUUACGCUUUCAUCUUUUGCGGAUUUUAACUGGAGAAGUCGAGUUUGUCAUUCAAAGAAAUCUGUGGAUUUGUUUUGUUCCGUGUUUGUAUCACCUGCUCGGUGGGAAGCCGGGGGAAAGGAAGAGUGAAAGCCCCGCUGGAAGAAGCCGCUUUUACCUCGCUAAGAAACGCCAACAAAGAGCAUUCAAGGAAGUAACGUCAGCCUGGCGAGGGGAACGCAAGUUAAGUUAGCAACAAAUAACAAAGUACCGCGGCGGAUACGUUCUUCACCAUGGCUUACAACAGACUUCUUCGCGCCGUUUUGACUUUGUUGUUUUUUACGCUGUUUCUGAACGUGGGAAUCUUUCGAGUCAAUGGGCAAUACGGCGGCGGUGACCGAGGGAUGUCUAUACCGGAGCACGGAUUUUGCCAGCCCAUUUCCAUCCCGCUGUGUACGGACAUCGCGUACAACGAGACCAUCAUGCCCAACCUGCUCGGCCACACCAACCAGGAGGACGCCGGGCUGGAGGUGCACCAGUUCUACCCGCUGGUUAAAGUCCAGUGCUCUCCGGAUUUAAAGUUCUUCCUCUGCUCCAUGUAUGCGCCCGUGUGCACGGUGCUUGAGCAGGCGCUUCCCCCGUGCCGCUCUCUGUGCGAGCGCGCGCGCCAGGGCUGCGAGGCGCUCAUGAACAAGUUCGGCUUCCAGUGGCCCGACAGCCUCGCGUGCGAGACCUUCCCUGUACACGGCGCGGGAGAGCUCUGCGUCGGGCAAAACAUGACGGACCGCCCCGAGACGGACGUCCCCGCGCCCUAUCCCACCGAGCGCCCGCCUCCUGGCCCCCCGAACGGUCAGUUCAGCUGCCCGGCCUCGCUCAGGGUGCCUCCCUACCUGAACUACCGCUUCCUCGGGCAGGAGAACUGCGGCGCUCCCUGCGAGCCGAAGAGGUCUCACGGGAUGAUGUACUUCAGCGAGGAGGAGCUGAAAUUCGCCCGGAUAUGGAUCGGCAUCUGGUCGGUGCUGUGUUGUGCUUCCACCCUGUUCACGGUGCUGACCUAUCUGGUGGACAUGAAACGCUUCAGCUACCCGGAGCGGCCCAUUGUCUUCCUCUCCGGCUGCUACACCAUGGUGUCCAUCGCCUACAUCGCUGGCUUUCUGCUGGAGGACAAGGUGGUUUGCAAUGACAGGUUCGACAAUGACAUAAGGACCGUGGUGCAGGGCACGAAGAAGGAGGGCUGCACCAUCCUCUUCAUGAUGCUCUACUUCUUCAGCAUGGCCAGCUCGCUGUGGUGGGUCAUCCUGGCUCUCACCUGGUUCCUGGCAGCGGGGAUGAAAUGGGGCCAUGAGGCCAUCGAGGCUAACUCCCAGUACUUCCACUUGGCCGCCUGGGCCGUGCCCGCCAUCAAGACCAUCACCAUCCUAGCCGUAGGCCAGGUGGACGGAGACGUGUUGAGCGGGGUCUGCUUCGUUGGCAUCAACAGCGUGGACGCCCUGCGGUGGUUCGUCCUGGCGCCGCUGUUCGUCUACCUGUUCAUCGGAACCUCCUUCCUCUUGGCGGGCUUCGUGUCCCUAUUUCGCAUCCGGACCAUCAUGAAGCACGACGGCACAAAGACGGAGAAGCUGGAGAAGCUGAUGGUGCGGAUCGGGAUCUUCAGCGUGCUGUACACGGUGCCGGCCACCAUCGUCAUCGCCUGCUACUUCUACGAGCAGGCGUUCCGAGAGCAGUGGGAGAGGACGUGGGUCAGCCAGACGUGCAAGACGUACGCCGUGCCCUGUCCCGUCCAGAACCACCCCAACAUGAGUCCCGACUUCACCGUCUUCAUGAUCAAGUACCUGAUGACGCUGAUUGUAGGCAUCACGUCCGGCUUCUGGAUCUGGUCUGGCAAGACACUGAACUCGUGGAGGAGGUUUUACACGAGACUGGCCCACAGUAAACAGGGGGAGACCACGGUGUGAUGGGGUCUCCCCACCUCCUUGCCCCCCCCCCCCCCCCCCUCCCUCGGCCCUCACCUCACACAGACUGCUUACUGACAAACUGAAUGAUAAGGUACGGAAGAGGAUUAGGGUCACAUGUGAGAAUGCAAUUCUCACCUUUUUCUUACAAUUCUUUUUAAAAAAAAUCAGGAUUCUGACUUUAAUAUCAGAAAAGUCAGAGAUUAAAGUCGAAAUUUUGACCUUUUUUACUGAAAAAACUUUCAGAAUUCUGACUUUUCUCAUUAUUCUGAGCUUUUAAGGUUAAAAAAUAGUCUGAAUUCUGAGAAAAGAAUUCACUUUUUUUCUCAAAGAGAAUUUUUUUUUCUCAGAAUUCUGACUUUUUUGUUUUUUUAGUUAAAAAUAAGUCAUAAUUCUGAGAAAAUAAACUCAGAACUCAAAUACAUUUCUUCACAUGUGGCCCUAAUGCUCUUCCAUAACAAUCCACUUCAUUAUUUUCCUUAGAUUUUUUUUUUUUCUUCCUCAGACUUACAGAGGAUACUCGGUAUGCUUUUUUUUUUUUAUGUACAUAUACAUUUGUGAGAUUUUUGUAAGUAUAUAUUUGUAUUUAAAGAUUUAAAAACUUUUUUCUUAUUUUUUAAAACAAACACCUUUUUUUCCAUACUUUGGACACCAUGGAGUUGUACUUAAUCAUCACAAAGAGCCAGCUGAGUGUCACUGAUGCCGAGGUCCCAUGACCUGACUUGCUGUGGACACCACUGGGAGUAACCCCCCCCCCUCCAUGACUACUGUGGCUCUAUUCUAAGCAGAGUCCAUUGAAACCCAAGUGCUUCCUCGUGGCUCCCAGCCGUAAGGGUUGUGCAGGAUGUUAAAAAAGACAAACGCAUCCGAUUGACCGAGAGCUGUGACUCUGUUCACUCACUUUGAAAAGUAAAGGCGAGGACUGGCCUUCCACCUCAAGGUGUAAUGUCAGUCUUUGUAGCUUGAGCACUUGGCGUUGGAAGUGAUUAUGCACAUUAUGCAGUGUUGCAGCGGUUGCCUGGGUCUGAAGGGGAAAUAUCAGCGGCCCGGGACCAGAACCGGUGCACACACAAGGGCGUAACUUUGGGUUCGACAAGAAUUGUUGGAAAAAACACUAGAAAAAGUGAACAAAAUGUCAAAAGGGGCUGUCGGAAAUGGCGGUAAAAACUUUGGGGAAAAACUCAAGAGGCGUCAAAAAAAAUCAGAAAAAGAGGCGACAAAAACCUUUUUAUGGUUUUCUUUUUUUAAGGUUUUUGUCGCGUUUUCUA